AUGGCUCACGACUGGACAAUUCCCAGCGCCCCGAGUUCCACCGCACUCCUGGCAGUAACCUCAGUAUUUACCGUGACUUCUCUAUCUGCCGUGACGCUUCGAUUCUACGCGCGAAGACUAGCGCGACUGGACCUACUCGCAGAUGACUGGCUAGCGCUUGCUGCACUGAUAUUCACACUGGUAUACAACAGUACUCUACUAGCAGGAACAUCCCGCGACAUCAUCGCAAACCACACCAAACCGACAGCUCAAACUGAAGUCGCAGCAAGAAAAUAUCAACUCGCCCUUCAAGUCAUCGAGAUCAUCGCCCUCGGCCUGACCAAGCUGAGUUUCUUCACUCUGUGGAAACGCGUCUUCAGUACCCAUCCUGUUCAUCGACUAUGUACUUUCCUCAUUGGUGCCGUGGCGAGGAUGUUAAUAACAGUAACACCUGCGCAAGCGCAAACAGGGGUAUUCUACUAA